AUGUUUGGGAUUCAGGAGAAUAUUCCGCGCGGGGGGACGACCAUGAAGGAGGAGCCGCUGGGCAGCGGCAUGAACCCGGUGCGUUCGUGGAUGCACACGGCGGGCGUGGUGGACGCCAACACGGCCGCCCAGAGCGGCGUGGGGCUGGCGCGGGCGCACUUCGAGAAGCAGCCGCCUUCCAACCUCCGGAAAUCCAAUUUCUUCCACUUCGUGCUGGCGCUCUACGACAGGCAGGGGCAGCCGGUGGAGAUCGAAAGGACCGCUUUUGUGGACUUUGUGGAGAAAGAGAAAGAGCCCAACAACGAGAAAACCAACAACGGUAUCCAUUACAAACUCCAGCUGCUGUACAGCAACGGCGUCAGAACCGAGCAGGACCUGUAUGUUCGCCUCAUAGAUUCAAUGACCAAACAGGCCAUCGUCUACGAGGGCCAGGACAAGAACCCGGAGAUGUGCCGCGUGCUGCUGACCCACGAGAUCAUGUGCAGCCGGUGCUGUGACAAGAAAAGUUGCGGCAAUAGAAAUGAAACGCCCUCGGACCCUGUAAUCAUUGACAGAUUCUUUCUAAAGUUUUUCCUCAAGUGCAAUCAGAACUGUUUGAAGAAUGCAGGCAACCCUCGAGAUAUGCGAAGAUUCCAGGUUGUCGUGUCGACAACGGUCAACGUGGACGGCCAUGUGCUGGCGGUGUCCGACAACAUGUUUGUACACAACAAUUCCAAACACGGGAGACGGGCCCGCCGCCUAGACCCGUCAGAAGGUACGGCUCCUUCUUAUCUGGAAAAUGCGACUCCCUGCAUCAAGGCCAUCAGUCCCAGUGAAGGCUGGACCACGGGGGGAGCCACCGUCAUCAUCAUCGGAGACAACUUCUUUGAUGGGCUGCAAGUGGUGUUCGGGACGAUGCUGGUGUGGAGUGAGCUGAUCACACCCCACGCCAUCCGAGUGCAGACCCCACCGCGACACAUUCCUGGAGUCGUCGAGGUCACCCUGUCCUACAAAUCCAAGCAGUUCUGUAAAGGCGCUCCCGGGCGGUUUGUCUACACCGCUCUUAACGAACCAACCAUAGAUUACGGCUUUCAGAGGUUACAGAAAGUGAUCCCGAGACAUCCAGGUGAUCCUGAAAGAUUACCCAAGGAAGUGUUACUCAAGAGGGCGGCGGACCUCGUGGAAGCCUUGUACGGGAUGCCCCACAACAACCAGGAGAUCAUCCUGAAGCGAGCAGCCGACAUCGCAGAAGCCUUGUACAGCGUCCCGCGCAACCACAACCAGAUCCCCACCCUGGGCAACACGCCCGCGCACACCGGCAUGAUGAGCGUCAACUCCUUCGGCAGCCAGCUUGCCGUGAACGUGUCGGAGACGUCACAAGCCAACGACCAAGUCGGCUACAGUCGCAAUACAAGCAGCGUUUCCCCACGAGGAUACGUCCCCAGCAGCACCCCCCAGCAGUCCAAUUACAACACAGUCAGCACUAGCAUGAAUGGAUAUGGCGGUAGCGGCAUGGCCAGCCUGGGGGUCCCUGGCUCCCCUGGAUUUCUCAAUGGUUCCUCCGCCAACUCUCCCUACGGCAUAGUACCCGCCAGCCCUACCAUGGCAGCCUCUUCGGUCACCCUCCCUUCAAACUGUAGCAGUACACACGGCAUUUUCUCAUUCUCACCUGCCAAUGUCAUCUCCGCAGUGAAACAAAAGAGCGCCUUCGCGCCCGUGGUCCGGCCCCAAGCUUCUCCGCCUCCUUCCUGCACCAGCGCCAACGGAAACGGACUCCAAGGCUCUCUGCUGGGUGCUGAGGACGCAGCCGCGGAGAAGACAAACGGGCCCUUUUGUGAAGUUGGUGGCAUAUUUCACUUUGAUGAACUAAUGCUCAAAAAAGGAAGUGGAAAGCUAUGUCUGGGCUGGUAGUCCCGCCAAUGUGAGGCUGUCUCGGGCACCGUCCGCAGCACCGGGCACCCCAGGACGGCUUCGGGGAUGCGCUGAGCGUAGUAAGAGCUGCUGAUGGAAACGGUCUUCACACACAUCAGCAGCAACCGAAAUGCUACGAAAGACUUUGUUUAAAGAUUUUAUUUAAACUGUUAAGAAUCGACAUGCAAACGAGCUCCUUCUUCAUGAACAAUUCCAUUUUAUUGACUGAACUUUUCUCAUAUUUUCACAUUUCUCAGUCCUGAAGAAUAAGGAAAAAACAAAGCGACGCCUAUUUUGUAUAAAGUUUCUGAUUCCGUCUUGGCUAUGUCUAGUACUUGCUAUGUGUUGGGAGAAAGUUUGUGAAUGCACCAUUUUGAUUAUCCUGAAACACGGAUGGAAAAUGCCUCCAAACAUUUUUCUGUACUCAUUCUUAGAUUCACAAUGGUUGUGUAUCUCUAUAAUGUGAAAUAUUUUUUUGUGGUGACAAAAGGGGGCCAAGGAGAUGUGAGCCAUCAAACUGGAAAAAAAAAAAAAAGGAUGACUAUAUGAUGAGA